ACUGGUAAGACCCCAACGCCAAACCAGGCUGUAGAGGUGUGCUCAAGCUGUAAAACAUUUAGUAUAUUUACUCAAACGGGGGAAAAAAUAUCUCACUUAAAACGCUUUACGUAAUAAUGCUCAAGAUUUUACUGGCAAGAAAAGAAUUGUGAGGAAGGUCCAGAGAAAUAAUCAACAUGUCUGCUAUUGAGACUGCCGAGUCAGGCUCUCCGGAAAAUAAAGCGGAUCGGGCUGAUGGAGACAUGAAGUACCCCCUGAAAGUGCUUUACUGUGGAGUAUGCUCUUUGCCAUCUGAGUACUGUGAGUACAUGCCCGAGCCAGCGAAAUGCAGACAGUGGCUAGAGAAAAAUUUCCCAGACAUGUUUGCUAGAAUGACUAUGGGGAAUGUGCCCAAGCAGGAAACAGGAGGAGGAGGUGGUGGAGGUGGAGGUGGAGCAGGUGCAGAGGUGCCACCUGCUGGAGAGGAAGAAGAGAAGAAGAAGCAGAAGAGAGGUGGCAGAGGUCAAAUCAAACAGAAAAAGAAGACCGUUCCUCAGAAAGUAACGAUAGCAAAAAUCCCACGCGCUAAGAAAAAAUAUGUCACACGGGUGUGCGGCUUGGCCACCUUUGACAUCGAUCUUAAAGAGGCUCAGAGAUUCUUUGCUCAGAAAUUCUCCUGCGGUGCCUCUGUGACAGCAGAGGACGAAAUCAUCAUUCAGGGAGACUUUACCGAUGACAUCAUUGACGUCAUCCAGGAAAAGUGGCCUGAGGUGGAUGACGACAGCAUUGACGACCUCGGAGAAGUCAAGAAAUGAAAAUCCGAUGUGCACUUUUACUGAAAUCAGACGUGACACGACACAAAAAAAACCCCACCAUGGCCAAAUGUUAACAUCAAAUUGUUUUAUAUCUAUUUUAUUUACUGUAUAGAACACGGUGGACUUGGCCACACCCUUGGCGCUUUUUUUUGUCUCCCCCUCAGUUCUAGAUAGCUGCUUGUUCUCUUGUUUGCCAAAGGUCUGGUAUGAUGUGAAUAUCUCAACACUUUGCUCAAUCAAACUGCAAGCUAAUAAUAAAUUCCAGGCUCGCUGGCUUGUUCUUCUUUCUA